AUGUCGACGAGACUGGCGUCACCAGAUAUGUCUAGCAUUGACAUCAAUCUCAAAGAGGAGAUGGCUGAAGACGAAACACGGACUGGAGAAGAAACAGACAUGGCAAACGCUACGUACAUCGUAGAGGCAGCCACGUCCUUCUCCAUUGACGACUCAACAGUCACCAUCGACGCCCCGGUCAAUCAGCUCCUGCCAGAGGGAACGUUUGACAUCCCAAACAAGCCGUGGCUACAAUUUCACAGUGAGACGCUCCAAGGGUACUUUCACAUACUGAGUGUGUGGUGUCCGAAACAAAAAGAUACAGUGUCCGGCGUGGGUCAAGCAGAAUUCAUCAACGCCGAUGAAUUCCUAGUAGAUGAUGUCCGUGUAGGAGAGCAGCGUCAUCUACUCUUCGCCACACAGACACAGCUCCAGCAUCUCAGUGUGGCGCGUCGCUGGUUUAUGGAUGGCUCAUUUAAAGUUGUUCGUCGUCCAUUUUACCAGUUGAUGUCGAUCCACUACUUUGUUCGAGGCGGGGAGAACGUCAAGCAGGUCCCCCUCCUGUUUGUCCUCAUGACACGGAGGACAAAACAGGACUACGUAGCUGUCUUACGUGCGGUGAGGGAACGGCUUGGUGAUCCAAUUGUUGAGUGGUUCAUGCUAGAUUUUGAAGCUGCGGCAUGGCAAGCAGUGACACGUCUGGGACUGGCACCAGCCUAUACUCAGAAGGGAGGAGUGUAUCACUUUGUCAGGAAGCUGCUAGCUCUUCCCUACCUACCCGCCGAGCAUGUGAGGCCUGCCUUCCUUACAAUAAGUGAGCAGGCUGAGGAGUCGGAGAGUGAGCGUAUAUUGGACCUGGUAGACUACAUAGGAAGGACAUGGGUAGAAGGCACGCUAUGGCGCCCAGAAAAUUGGUCUGUCUACAUGGAGACAGUUAGAACAAACAAUGAUGUGGAAAGAUGGCACCGCCGCCUUAACACUAGAGCCGGAGGAGCGCAGCUCCCCUUCUACGUUAUUGUACCUCUCCUGUCUGUAGAGGCCCAGUACGUGGACAUCCAGGCACGGCUGGUCUCAGCCAACAUCUUACAACGCCUGCACAGGAAGAAAUACAGGUCAACUCACGAGAAACUACAUCAGGCCUGGGAGAAGUAUGAAGAGGAUAACAUGACAACGAACCAACUCGAACCAAGGACAGCCAGCCACAUCAUCGGACUAGGACCCAUAGCAAAGUCAGCGGAGAAUUACAGCGAGGACGAAUAA